ACCAAAUGUUACCUUUCUGUGGUUAAACUCCAUGUAAUCCUCCAUGGCAACGCUGCUGUUAGUUUGGUGGGGAGCAGGAUUGGUCAACGACAGCUGACCGCGCCCUCAACCCAUAUAAUCUACCUACCAAACUAUUACCAUCAAGUGUCGGGGGAAUGACGGCUGUGCUGCUCGGUGCGGCGGAGGAGAGAAAGCAUCUUUGUCUGCACGGAGAAGCUCGGGGCUUCCCUGCCUGCCUGCCUCCAUCGACACAGCACCAUCUUAAAAGAUAAGAAGACUAUCCUUUCUGAAGACAGAGGUCGCAUAUUCAUCUGCCGCAUUCAUCUCUGCUCAGUUUAGAUUUUUUCCCCCCACCACCCCUUCCUCUUGUGUUUGCGUUUGCCUGGCUGGAAUAAUCGCGCCGUGUCCAUGUGUCGGAUCGCUGGAUGAUGCUCAGGAUGUUGGGAGGCUGAGCAGAAUGGACGCUGUAUCUAAGCUGUGUGCCUAGCUAACCCAUGGAGAACUGACAGGAACAGCGCUGGAUGGAGGCCAAGACACUGGAUGGCGACGACGAGGAAGCACAUUGUUUUGUGGAUCACUUGUGUUGUUGGUUCUCUUUCUCUGCCGAUCCAAAGUAGAUGCAAAGUGUUCUCAGAUGUGCCUCAUUUGUUCACUCUGUCACGUGUCCCCCAUGGAGAGAUGGCAACAAAAAUCAAGAUAGACAGUCAAGGCUAAAGAAACACAUUCACUGUAUGUGGGAUUUGCAGUCUUGUAUCUGCAAAGUUUUUUUGGUCGUUAACUAAGAAGUGUAAACACUAGAUAACAUUAUCUUCUCACAGCUCUGUUGGAUUUUGUAUGAAUUAUAGACCACAGGGGAGCCAGUAGGUGUAGAUAGUAACCACAAUGGGCAGGUGUAGAGACGAGGCUUCCUGGUUACUGUUGUUAGCCGGGUUGGUGCUAACAGCUAAAGCUUUGGAGUACGAGGGUGUUCCUGGGCAGUGGACCCGCUAUGGCCAGUGGGAUGCCAAGGCGACAGGUGAGCUGAGCUUUAUCCUCAAAACCAACAUCAGCAAAGCCCUGGUUCUCUAUCUGGAUGAUGGCGGGAACUGCGACUUCCUGGAGCUUCUCAUCGCAGACGGGAGGGUCCACAUGCGCUUCACCAUCCAUUGUGCCGAGCCGGCCUCCCUGCACACCGAGACGAGAAUCAACGACCUGCGCUGGCACAGAGUCCUCCUCUCCCGUAACCACAGAGAGACCCGGCUGGUGGUGGACAACGAGGAGAAAGUGGCUGAGGUGAAGUCCAAGAGAAAAGAGAUGGUGGUGGUCAGCGACCUGUACGUGGGGGGGAUCUCCCCCGAUGUACGUCUGUCCGCGCUGACGUCCAGCACGGUUAAGUACGAGCCGCCAUUCCACGGCCUUAUAGCCAAUCUGAAACUAGGGGAGGCGCUACCUUUACUUCUGGAUGGCCAAGCUGUCCAUAGUGAUUUGGAGUACAUAUGUGCCAUACACUCUCCAUGCAACAAAGGUGUGUGCUCCGUCAGCCAAGGAGAGGUCCUCUGUGACUGUAUCAACACCAGCUACAAGGGAAGGUACUGCCAUGAAGCUGUCCAGAAAGAAGUAGAAGGUCUGGCGCACAUGAUGUUAAACCGCCAAGUUUUUCGCCAAGGGCAGGAGGAGUCAGUGGCCACCUUCAAAGGCAAUGAGUUCUUCAGCUACAACCUGUCCCUGACUCCCAUCCAGAGCAGUUUGGAUGAGAUCACGCUGUCCUUCCGCACCCAGCAGAGGAACGGCCUGCUGCUCCACACCGGGAGGUCCGCUGACUACGUCAACCUGUCCCUGAGGAACGGGGCUCUGUGGCUGGUCAUCAACCUGGGCUCUGGUGCCUUCGAGGCCCUGGUGGAGCCCGCCAAAGGAAAUUUCAAUGACAAUGUCUGGCAUGAUGUUCAAGUGACGCGCAACCUCCGCCAGGUGACAAUCCUGGUGGAUGGGAUUCUCACCACCACAGGCUACACCCAGGAGGACUACACCAUGCUGGGCUCCGAUGAUCUCUUCUACAUCGGAGGCAGUCUGAACACGGCCGACCUGCCAGGCUCCUCGGUCAGCAACAACUUCCUGGGCUGUCUGAAAGAUGUGGUCUACAAGAAUAAUGAGUUUAGACUGGAGCUGUCACGACUGGCUGAACAGCGGGACCCAAAGAUCAGUAUCCAUGGCGGCCUGAUAUUCAGCUGCGAGGACGUGGAGGCCCUGGUGCCGAUCACCUUCGACACUCCCUCUGCCUUCUUGACUUUACCCAGGUGGAACGCAAAGAAGACGGGCGCCAUAUCUUUUGACUUCCGCACCACGGAGCCCAUGGGCCUGCUGCUGUUCAGCCAUGGCAGUCUGCAGGGCGCGAUGCCAGACAAACCCCGCGCCGACUUCUUCGCCAUCGAGCUGCUGGACGGGUUCCUCUUCCUGGUCAUGGAUAUGGGCUCUGGCAGCAUCAAGAUGAAGGCCAGUAACAAGAGGCUGGAUGAUGGCGAGUGGUGCCGUGUGGACUUCCAGAGGAGGGGUCGUAACGGCUUAAUCUCCGUGAAUAGCCAGAGCAUCCCCUUUGCUGCUAAUGAAGGCAGCGAGAUCCUGGACCUUGACGGGGAGAUGUAUCUCGGGGGGUUACCUGAGGACCGGCAGGCCCUCAUGCUGCCCCCCGAGGUGUGGACCGCCUCCCUCAGCCUGGGCUAUGUGGGCUGUGUGAGGGACAUGUUCAUAGACGGGCAGAGCCGUAACCUGUGGAGGCUGGCGGAGGUUCAGAGCGCCACAGGUGUGAGCAGCUUCUGCACCAGAGAGACCCACAUCAGGUGUGCCAGAGACACUUGUGCCAACGGCGGACACUGCAAGGAAGGCUGGAACCGACACAUCUGUGAAUGCAACGGUACCGGCUACCUGGGUCCCAGCUGUGAGAAGGAGGCCACGAUGGUGAGCUACGACGGCAGCAUGUAUCUGAAGGUGCUGCUGCCAAGGACACUCCACACAGAGGCAGAGGACGUGUCCCUGCGCUUCAUGUCCCUGAGGGCCUUUGGCCUGCUGGUGGCCACCACCUCUCAGCAGUCAGCGGACACACUGCGUCUGGAGCUGGACGGAGGCAGAGUGAAGCUCACUGUGAACCUGGAUUGUAUCAGGAUAGACUGUAAUCUCAGCAAGGGUCCAGAGGUACUGUUGGUAGGCGAGAAGCUGAAUGACAAUGAGUGGCACACCGUGAAGGUGGUGCGGCGUGGGAAGAAUUUGCUGCUCUCUGUGGACAAUGUGACAGUGGAAGGCCACAUGACAGGCGCCCACACCCGCCUGGAAUUCAACAACAUCGAGACGGGGAUCAUGACAGAGCGGCGGUUCAUCUCCGUGAUGCCUUCCAACUUUAUCGGCCAUCUGCAAGCUCUCUCCUUCAACGGGAUGCUGUAUCUGGACCAGUGCAAGAACGGAGACAUCUCCUACUGCGAGCUGAAUGCUCGGUUCGGCAUGAGGCACAUUGUGGCCAAUCCUGUGACUUUCACAGCGCAGGCCAGCUAUCUGGCCUUCUCCACCUUGCAGGCCUACGCCUCCAUGCACCUCUUCUUUCAGUUCAAGACCACCAGUCCUGACGGGCUGAUACUUUACAACUCUGGAGAUGGUAGUGACUUCAUCGUGGUGGAGCUGGUCAAAGGGUACGUUCAUUAUGUUUUCGACUUGGGAAAUGGGCCGUCGCUAAUGAAGGGAAACUCUGACAAGCAACUUAAUGACAACCAGUGGCACAAUGUGAUGAUCUCCCGGGACAACAGCAACGUGCACAUCCUCAAGAUUGAUUCCCGCACCGUCACCCAACACGCCAAUGGAGCCCGCAACCUGGAUUUGAAAGGCGAGCUGUACAUUGGUGGUGUUGGGAAGAGCAUGUACAGCAGCCUGCCGAGGUUAAUAGCAUCCCGGGAAGGGUACCAGGGCUGUCUGGCGUCUGUGGACCUGAACGGGAGACUCCCCGACCUGCUGGCUGACGCCCUUCACAAGGUCGGAGAGGUGGAGCCCGGCUGUGGAGGCCCCAGCACCACCUGCACCGAGGACUCCUGUCAGCAACAGGGAGUGUGUCUGCAGUUGUGGGAGGGCUUCUCCUGCGACUGCACCAUGACCACCUACGGGGGGCCGUUCUGCAAUGACCCUGGGACCACGUACAUUUUUGGGAAAGGGGGGGCUCUCAUCACUUUCACCUGGGCCCCCAAUGAGCGGCCGAGCACCCGAGCCGACCGGUUAGCCGUGGGCUUCAGCACUCAGCAGAAGGACGCCAUCUUGGUGCGAGUGGAGAGCACCCAUGGGCUCGGAGACUAUCUUCAGCUGCACAUAGAUGAAGGAAAAAUUGGUGUCAUCUUCAACGUGGGGACAGAUGACAUCACCAUCGAUGAGCCUGCUGUCAUUGUAAAUGACGGCAAGUACCAUGUAGUGCGCUUCACACGCAGCGGAGGCAAUGCUACCCUCCAGGUGGACAGCAAUCCGGUUAUUGAGCGAUAUCCACCAGGACACUAUGAUAAUGAACGACUGGCUAUUGCUAGACAAAGAAUCCCAUACAGACUUGGUCGGGUAGUUGACGAGUGGCUACUCGAUAAAGGGAGACAGUUGACCAUCUUUAACAGCCAGGCAGCCAUUAAAAUUGGCGGUCACGACAAGGAUCGACCCUUCCAGGGUCAGAUUUCAGGGCUCUACUACAACGGUCUCCAGGUGCUCAAGCUGGCAGCAGAGAACGACCCCAGUGUUCAGGCGGAGGGGAACCUGCGUCUGGUCGGAGACUCGUUCUCUGUUUUGACCACCGACAUCACCUCCGCCACCCCGCUGGCAGUGUCCGAUAUGUCCACCACAAUCAUGGAGACCACCACCACCAUGGCUACGACCACCACCCGCAGACAGAGGUCGCCCAGCUUGAGCGAGAGCAUCUCAAAGCCGCAGAACUCUGAUGAUAUCUUGGUGGCAUCAGCCGAGUGUCCAAGUGAUGAUGAAGACCUGGAAGAGUGUGAACCAGGAACAGGAGGUGAAUUAGUGUUGCCUAUUAUAACAGUGGAUUCCCUUGAGCCCCCAUCUAUCGCCACCCGUUACCCCGUCAUCCCUCCUCCCCCUACCCUCCUCUCCCCACUUGACACCACCAAAGAGUCCCUAAUACUCCCCCCUCACCCUUCCUGCCCCCCGGACCAGGAAGACUGUGGUGACCCUGUGGAGGUGUCGGCUUUCGGCUCUGGGGAGAUGACAGAAUCGGAUGACGAGGACUUUUACAAAAAUAACUCCCCCAUGGUCACUGACAGGACAGUUCUUCCUCCACCUCCCACCGAUGGUGAGGGUAGAGUCCAGAAACCCCGCCCCCUACCUCCUUAUGUUCCCACCACCAACCCUGACAAGCUCCACAUCCCCGCAGGCAAAAUGAACACCCGUGACCAGGUGCUUCUGCCUCCUGCUCCUCCUUCUUCCCGAAACACACCAGGACUAACUUACCCCCCCAAUUUUCCCCAUGUGCCCACAGCCAACCCCGCAGCCUCUGAUGAAAACAGCCAGCCGGGUGCCGUGGAGGUGAUCAGGGAGUCCAGCAGCACCACGGGGAUGGUGGUUGGUAUCGUGGCUGCUGCUGCUCUCUGCAUCCUUAUACUCCUCUAUGCCAUGUACAAGUACCGCAACCGGGACGAGGGCUCCUACCAGUCAGACCAGGGCCACAAUUUUGCCAAUAAUUCCACUGUGGAGGACAACGGAGCAGUGAUCAAAGACAAAAGCACAGCAACGGCCUCUGUGGCCAAGGCAAACACAAAGGGCAAAAAGAACAAAGACAAAGAAUAUUACGUCUGAGAGCGGAGUAGGAGAGAAGUGUGGACUGAGACAAGAGGAUGAGAGAGAUGAUGCUUUCGUUUCGCUCCCCGGUCGACCAUCAGAGACAUUUUCACAGGCCACAAAAAACAACUGCACAAAGCGAGGCUUGCUUUUUUCAUUUUUCUCAAAAGUCAAGGUUUGCCCAAUGAUAAAAAUCCUCCUCUACACCACAAGAUCUGAAUAAUUCUCCGGGUCAUAAUGUGCACCCGGUCUGCGUUCACCUGUUCUUUGUUAGUGUAUCAUUUUUUUCUAAAAAUGUUUUCAACAGGAUAUGAAGAGUUAUACCCAUUUUGGCUUUGUAUAUAGCAUGGUACAGUGGAGAAAGUGCGAGAACAUCUGGACAGAUUUGUCUAAAUGUCUUCUUUGUACCUCUUUGUAACGCUCUAUCUCAAGUCUCAAUGUCCCCAUCGUGAUAUAUGAAGCAGAACAGGGCAGAUUAUUGAAUUUUUACGGUAGAUGAGCAGAAAGCACCCAAGUUAUUCUGACUCGAAAUGAAAGCACUUUUAUUUGGAUUAGACAUCAUCUCUGCAGUCUCAUUGUUAUGUUAGGUGGUUUUCAAAUUCCCGAGUCACUCUGCCUCUGUCCAUGAGAGUUGGUAUUAUGUUGCUGGUGCAGUAUCAUAAAUGAAGCAUAUUUAGCUCUCCUGGAGAAAAAGACGGCAUUCAAAAAGAGGAAUUAUGAAACACUCUCCGGCCAGUGAACCUUAUAAUAUGAUGGAUCAGAAAUGUUAUUUAUGUGAGAUCUCAGUCAGGAUAAAUGUGAUAAAGUCAGUCUACACCAGUGAAGGUAUUUCUCUGUAAACAUUGCUUGUAUGUACAUAUAGAGGUUAGCCAAUUGAAAAAGCAUUGUGUCCGCUGGGGAACAGGUAUGAAGAAGAAUAAACGUCUGAGAUGCUCUGCCCCCCCCCCUCACACUCUAUCAGAACCGCUGCCGCCCGAACUUCACGGGAUCUGUAGGAAAACAGAAACACAUUCGAGAAAGUAUUUCUUCUUGGAAAGGGAGAAGCAGCUCGUCUCACCAGAGGCUGGCUCACGCUUGAUCUCUCAAAACUGUCACGGGAUCAUUCAAAAAGCACAUGGAAAAUGUAAACGUAUAUUUGAGACAUAAAUACUCCUUGUAAAGCAGCCAAACAUGUAUUGUUUUUUCUAUCAGUUACUAAGAGACUAUUCUAUGAGAUGAAUAAUUGAAGGUUUGUGAAUUGUAUUGAUAUUUCGAUGUAUCUUGUUACCACUCCUCUUAACACAUACCAUUUUAGAUUGCCUUUUACUUAAAUCCAGACAAGAAGCACACUUUCCUCUGAAAGCUGCAAAUAUCUUCUGUUUUUGCAUUCUUGACGGUUCAGAUUAUGCAGAGAAAACACAAGGAUGGAACAAUGUUUUGUUGCAUUGUGCAUUUUAUAUGUGCUGAAUCUGUUACUCAAUGGAUCUGAAAAUAUAAAGCCAUUUUCUCUGUUGA